UAUAUAUAUAAGUUGAGGUGUGAAAUCUUACGAAAAAAGGUUGCAAGUAUAAAAGAAAUAGAAGGCCUUAACUUGGCUCAAAGAAUCUCCUUCAUCUAAAGCAACCUUUUCUCCAAGCAAUUCCCUAUACGAUCUUCCUUCCUACCUUCAUCACUCUCUCUAAAAUUCCCAGUUUUACAAUCUCAUCUAUCAUUUAUGUAAAUAAAACGAACCAUUAUAUAUUGAAAUCAUAUUAUAAUUAGUACAUACAUAAAUUGAAAGAUGAUGAGGAUGCCUGGUACAACAAGAGCAAGAGGUGUAACGCAUGCAGACUUGGCUCCUAAACCACAAGGUCUACAACUUUCCAGCAAAACUGGUGCUCUUCUUACCAUUCUUUGUAUCCUUUGUGGUCUUCUUUGCUUCAUUCUCUCCCUCUUCGCAGAAGCUACUCGUUCAGAGGUGUCAUGGAUGUUAAUAAACAACAAUAAUAAUGGUGCAACGAAAGGGCAUAAGGAAAAAGGGGAUUACGAGUGUAUGUAUAGUGGAAGUGGUAAAGUGCCUUUGAUAUGCGCAUCAGUUGCAUUUGUAGCAUUGGCUAUUGCAAUGCUUAUUCAGCAUUCAUUUUUGCUGAUUGCUAUUAGCAAAACUACUCCUCCGGUUUAUGUAAGCUGGGACCCUCAAUCUUCUAUACCUAUGAGGUCUCUAACUUGGCAAGCUGGAUUCUUCUUCAUAUCUACUUGGUUGUGUUUUGCAGUUGGAGAAAUAAUGCUACUAAUAGGAUUAAGUGUAGAAUCAGGGCAUCUAAAAGAUUGGUCUACACCAAAAACAAGCUGCCUUAUAAUCCGAGAAGGUGUGUUCACAGCUGCAGGAGUUUUCUCCCUUUUAUCAGUCUUCUUAGCAGCUGGUUUAUACGCCACAGCGUUACGAGUCCAAUGGCUAGGCCAACAACAAGAGACUAUCAGGCGAGAGAUCUUGGAAGCCUCUUCCACUUAUGCAUCUCCGCCUCGUUCACCACAACAUAGUCGAGUGGCUCGAGAUGCACCUACCGACGUUGUUAGACAAGAUCAGACGUCUACGUUGUCUCAACAACAACAACAACAUCAAUUGGUCCUAAAUAACAAGCAAGGUAGUUUAGUGUAAAGAUGCAAUAAUUGAAGAGUGUUUGAGAUUGUUAUACUGAAAGAGGAAAAUUGUAUACUGAGUACAUAAUAUACCAAAUGUACAUUUGUCUUAAGAGUGUAAAUAUACAUUACAAAAAAUUUUCACACAUUGUUAUACUUGAGGUUAUGGUCUAUCUCACAUUA